AUGCAAGGUUCAUUCAAGCGUCAAGUCGAAGUGGGUCGUGUUGUUCUCAUUAACUCCGGUGCUGAUGCCGGUAAAUUGGCUGUUAUUGUUGAUAUUGUCGAUCACAACCGUGCUCUCAUCGAUGGUCCCACCACUGGUGUUGCUCGUCAAGCCUUCCCCUUCCGUCGUAUGGUCUUGACUCCCAUCGUCAUCAAGAACCUUCCUCGUAGCAUCGGUCAAGGUGCUCUCAAGAAAGCUAUUGAAAAGAGCGAUGUCGUUGCUGCUUGGAACAAGACCGCUUGGGCCAAGAAGAUCGAACAACGUAACGUUCGUGCUUCCUUGUCCGAUUUCGAUCGUUUCAAGUUGUUAAAAUACAAGAACCAACGUCGCUUUGCCCUUGCCUCCACCCUUGCCGCUGCCAAGAAGCAAACUGCUUAA